AUGACUAGUGAGCAAUCAUCUAAAUCAGCAACAACCAGUAGUGGAAAUAGAAACAACGUUUCUUCUGCUGCUAGUGAAUCUUUAAAGAAGCCUGGUAUAGCUAACGCAGUACCGAAACCAAAAAAGAAUCCUUUUCUUCUACGUUGGUCACAUUUUUAUAGUACUCGCAUUCCGCUGGGUAUCCGAGAGUUUGUAUUUCUUGGUCCUCUCCUUUUAAUUACAUUUGGUAUAGCAUACUACAUCCCAGUAUUAGUGCCAAUAGAGAAAUUUACACAAGGUCUCACACCUAAUACAACCCCAAUGAUUGAAUAUACAUUGGAGCCCAUGUAUGAUGAACAUGGUGGACUCAAAGGGUAUCGCCGUAUCACUCGUCGACCAGAUGAAGGCCAACAAAGUUCAUGA